GCAUGAAGAACCUUUUGCUUUUCUUGCAGAAAAUGAUAGUUUUCUUUUACCAGUUUCAAAAGGCCAAGAUAGACAUUAUCUUAAUCCUGUUCAUAUUUUACAGUAUGUUGAUAGACUAAAAUUACUAGCCUAUGAUGCUCAUUAUCCAUCUAUUUCACCUGAAAUACAUCAAUAUCUUUGCUGCACU